GAGAGAAGAGAGAGAGAGAAGAGUCUAGACAGCUAGAGAAGUCUUGGAACAGAACAAGAUUAAAGGACCUGAUCAAAAAACAAGCUUCCCGUCAAAGCUUCCAGCUUCUUGAUCAUCUGUUAAUUCUUCUCUCUUUAUUCCUACCUCGGCCUCCAUGUCUGAUGAAUCUAAAGAUCAGCUUUACUUCCAUGAAUAUCUGUUCCAAGAUAAUCAGAAUCUUGCCAGUGGAAGUAGUAGUACUGGCUCGUACAAUCACAAGCCUCCAGCUUCCAUUGCUGCUGCUUCAUCUGCUUACAGUUCGCAGGGUUUUGAUCCUUCUAAUUACAUGAGCUUCACCGAGUGUUUGCAAACACCCAUGGACUAUAAUUCCAUGGCAAGCGCCUUCGGUUUGUCGCCUUCUUCCUCCGAAGUGUUUGCUUCAAUGGAAAGCAACCCAAAGCCGAUGGAAGUUGGAGAUUUAGGUGGUGGUGGUAGUGAUAUUAUUCUUGUGACUCCAAACUCCUCGAUCUCUUCCUCCUCCACUGAGGUUGGUGCCGAAGAAGAUUCAGGCAAGAGUAGCAAAGAUAAGCAGCCAAAAGAAACAGAAGUUGGAGGGGAAAGCUCUAAGAAAGUGAGCAAAGCAAAGAAGAAAGGAGAUAAGAAACAAAGGGAGCCACGGUUCGCCUUUAUGACAAAGAGUGAGGUUGAUCAUCUGGAAGAUGGAUAUAGAUGGAGAAAGUAUGGACAGAAGGCUGUCAAGAAUAGCCCUUUUCCAAGGAGCUAUUACCGGUGUACCACUCAGAAGUGCACGGUUAAGAAACGCGUUGAGAGGUCAUUCCAAGAUCCAUCCACCGUGAUUACGACAUACGAAGGUCAGCACAACCACCCAAUCCCCGCAACGCUUAGAGGAAAUGCGGCUGCAAUGUUCCCACCUUCCAUGUUCACACCGCCGAUAGGGGGACGACCAACCUUUAUUCCCCAAGACUUUUUUGCUCAGAUGCCUCAAAUUAUGAGCAGUAGUACAAGCCAAGCUGGUGGGGGUACUGCACCCGGCUCCAUUAAUUACUCGCAGAUUAAUCCUAAUUACCCUCAUCACCAGCAGUACCAACUUCCUGACUACGGACUUUUGCAAGACAUUAUUCCUUCUAUGUUCCUUAAACAAGAGCCAUGAUCGUUGAUCGAAAUAUCUCUUUCUUUCUUUCUCUGAUCUCAUUGUAAAUAUUCUUACUAGUUAAUUAUUUACAUCUUUCUUUACAUCUUUCUGAUGACUUUAAUCCCAGAGAGUAAUUGAUGAGUUUUCCUUCACUUGAUCAUCUUUGUUCUCGGGAAGCGUAGAACUCCACUUCACAAGGUCGAUUUAGAAGCUGUGAAAGUUGAGUCUUUAUAUUAAAGGCAACCUGCUUAAAUUGCACGCCUCUGUGGCGAGAUGCAUGUAUGGAAGCAGAUGAGGUUUUGGUACGUGCUGCAGUACUUCAUUACUUAUAUGAGUAGUACUGGUGCAUGGUUUCAGAGAAAGAACAUGUGUACGGCACAUAUAUAGAUCAAUUCUGUUCAAUCGGCCGAGAGCUAGCUAGCAUCCAGCUUGUUUGAUGUAUGAUAUAUGAACAUCCUUUGAGGAUUAUCAAA